AGGCUCACGAUCUUCUGUGAACCCCAAGCAGCUCCCAGGAGUGCUGACAGUCAUCAUGAGCAGCAGGUCAUGGAGGGACUGGCCAUGGUGUGGAGGGUGAGGGCCCCUCACCCCUGGGGAAGUCCUCCUGAGCCAGGCUCAGCAUGGACCCAGAACUUGUGCCCACCAGGCCGCCUUCCCUCUCUCCCCACCCAGUGAUGGCCACCACGCUGGACCUAAACCACAGCUCCGUGUCUGAAUUCAUCCUCGUGGGCUUCUCCACCUUCCCACCACGUCUCCUGCCCGUCUUCUUCCUGCUGUUCCUGCUCAUGUACCUGUUCACCCUGCUGGGGAACCUGCUCAUCAUGGCCACUGUCUGGAGCGAACGUGGCCUGCACAUGCCCAUGUACCUCUUCCUGUGUGCCCUGUCUAUCUCCGAGAUCCUUUACACCUUGUCCAUCACCCCGCGCCUGCUGGCCGACCUGCUCUCCACACACCGCACCAUCGCCUUUGCAGCCUGUGUCAGCCAGAUGUUCUUCUCCUUCACGUUCGGCUUCACCCACUCCUUCCUGCUCACCGUCAUGGGCUACGACCGCUAUGUGGCCAUCUGCCACCCCUUGCGCUACAACGUACUCAUGAGCCCCCGUGGCUGUGCCUGCCUGGUGGCCUGUUCUUGGUCUGGUGGCUCUGUCAUAGGGCUGGUGGUGGCCACAGCCAUUUUUCACCUCACCUUCUGUGGACCCAAUGAGAUCCAGCAUUUUGGAUGUCAUGUGCCUCCUCUCUUGAAGCUGGCCUGUGGAAAUGAUGUACCAGUAGUAGCCCUGGGUGUGGGCCUGGUGUGCAUCACCAACUUGUUGGGUUGCUUUCUGCUCAUCCUCCUCUCCUACACCUUAAUUGUGGCUGCCAUCUUGAAGAUCCCGUCUGCUGAGGGCCGGCACAAAGCCUUCUCCACCUGUGUGUCCCACCUUAUUGUGGUCAUUGUGCACUAUGGCUUUGCUUCUAUCAUCUACCUUAAGCCCAAGGGUCUGCACUCCCACAAAAGCAACACCCUGAUGGCCAUCACGUACACGGUCCUCACACCCUUCCUCAGUCCCAUCAUCUUCAGUCUCAGGAACAAGGAGCUGAAGACUGCCAUGAAGAAGACCUUCCUCAGCAAACUCUAUCCCUCCAGCAUCUAA